ACGGUUGCAAAUUAGAGAACCCAAAUUUGACCUAAAUCUAUCAUCUCUGAUCUCUCCAUUUCUCUCGACUCUCCUCUCACAGUCUCCACCACCCUCCUCGCCUCCUAUCUUUGUUGCCGCUCCGACCACUCCCCCAGUGCCCCCAACAGCAACCACCACCACCACCGCAGCAACCACACACCUCGACGCCUGGCUGAAGCUGAACGGCUCGUGCCCGGUUUCCAGGAACUUGCCGCUGCCAACCUCGCUGUCCACGCCGCUCUCGGAGGUCGUUUCACUCUCGCAGUACGCCGCGGAUCGGAGGCGGAGGAGGUGAUAAGAUUUGAUCCCUGGACAUUUCCAUUGCAAGAGGUACCCUGCCACAUCAAAGUCAUUGCAUCUGUUUGAAGUUUACUCAACAUGAAGUUCUUGGAGUACACUCCUUUGGAUCGGUUAAAUGAUUUUCUAAGUAAUUUAAACCUUGGGGAGCGUACCAUUAAGGGAUGCCUUGAAGCUUACUCCUGCAAACACACGGGAACUGAUAAGAAAUUGUCUCUCAGCUUGGAGAAUGAGAUGCUUGAUUAUCUAGGGAGAUCUUCAGACACUGACUCUUCCUCACCAGCUGAUUUCCUGUUGAGCAGAUCCAGCCGGAAGACAUUGAUCUACCUGGUUCUUACUCUCAAUCACAUGUAUCCGGAUUAUGAUUUCAGUGCGGUGAAAGCUCAUCAGUUCUUCACAGAGGAAAGCUGGGACAUUUUUAAGCAGAUUCUUGAUACCUACAUGUUUGAAGCAUCAAAGGAAUGGAUUGAGACUAAUGGGGGCAGUUCCCUGCUGGAGGCCUUGUACAAGGCUCUUGACGAGGUUGUAAAACUAGCAGAAUGCGAAAUUUACAGUUACAAUCCGGACUCUGAUGCAGAUCCAUUUCUAGAGAGAGGAGCCAUAUGGUCUUUCAAUUUCUUCUUCUAUAACAGAAAACAAAGGCGUGUUGUGAGUUUUCGUCUUUGCUGUUUGAGUAAUUUGGUGGCCGAUGAAUUUCUUAUGGUUGAAUUACCUUCCGAGGAAGAUGGAGAGAUUUUUGAUGACAUGGACAUGUGAGUAGGAUCAAUACCGUUAACAUAUAUAUGUAGUCGUGUAACCACUAAGUGCUGCACUCUUGAGGCUUGGUGGGUAGGAUUAGGUUUUCUACUUUCCUGUAUGCAUUUACUGUAGCUGCUGCUGUCAUUUAGUUAGGAACGAUGCUGUCUAUGUAAAUGUAUGUCAAAUAUAAUCCCAGACUUGUAAGCUUAAUAGAAACAAACAACUCUAGUUUCUGGGAGACAUUCCUCUGUCUCCCAGAAAUGACGUUGAUAUUAUUGAACUGUGCACUUAUGUAUGUGUCA